AUGAUACCAAGCAAGCCACUCUUCGCAUUCGCGCUAUCCCUUUUCUCAAGGAUCACACCCACCCACGCCCUCUGCCGCUCUCCUCCCCCUUCGCAAGACGCCAACAACAUCGCCACCUCGGCCGAUGGUCUUAUAUGGAUAAUUCUUCCAGACAAUGCAAACACAACGCUUCACUAUAAGCAAGUAAACAUCCGCCCGCUCCCCAGUAUCCCAGGAGGAGGCUUUCUAGCCAUAGACGAGACAUCGCGCAUCCUCAUCACCAGUUUCCGGAACGGCACUCUCUACGGCAAUACCCAAAACGACAAUGCGCUUAUACCGGACUUGAAAGCAUACCUAAACCUGGUGGCUAAUGGUACUGCCAGUCGAAACAAAAUCGAAAAAUACGAAAUCAUCUUCUCGAACACUACUCAGGGGGAGUGGGUUGAGCUGCACACUACCGAUGUAGACAUGGGUACCAAUAUAAAUACGUGGUGGAUCGAUCACCGCGACUUCGCCGCUGCCAAAGUGAUCGGGCUCACGGUAUGUUUUAUGGGUGGUUCCGGCUCCAAGAAGUGGUAUCAAUUGUUCUUCAUGGUGAGUUGGACAGGGGAAAGUUGGGACGUGGCUGGGUGUGAUGAUGUCGCGGUGCAGAAGACGCUGAUUCCCGGGUUCGGGAAGAGGGAUGGUGAAGGAUGUUAG